UCUGAACACGAGGUUGGAAGGACAGUCAAUUUUAGCUCUAAGACAUGCUAGAUCAGGUAGUGCUCAUUGCAGGAGUAACUGUGUUGGGUGUGUUAGAGCAAGCUUACUUCUCUCUACAGGUGAUAUACGCCAGACGCAAGUACUCUGUCUCCCCACACACCUCAGGACCCCCAGGGUUUGACAGGGUCUUCAGAGCUCAAGCCAACUGCUCUGAAUAUUUCCCAAUCUUCAUCACCAUACUAUGGGUGUCUGGACUCUUCUUCAGCCAAGGUCUGUCAGCACUAUGUGGACUCCUAUACCUGUACGGGCGCUACCUGUACUUCAGGGGCUAUGCUAAAUCGGCACAUGGCCGACUAGCCCCUCUGUAUUUCAGUGCCAAGGUUCUGUGGGUUCUGAUUGGGUUCUCCACCCUGGGGAUUCUGGGUUCUGUGUGUCGGUUCUACCUGGAUCUGGACCUGACGCAGCUCGCCAGCUCUGUCCUCGGCCUGACUGAGGAGGGGGAGCUAUAA